CACAGAAGCAGCAAGAAAUCUCACCACUUCUGUGGUCCAAAGCCAACUGCUAGUGACAAACCACCAAAACGGCCACCGGCCACUGACAUAUCUUGAUCUUGAGCCUUGGAAACAGAAGAUUUAACCAGGCAAGGAGGUCUUAUACCUGCAACAAUGAUGAGAAUGCAGCUCAUAAGCACCCAAAUUCACAAGUGUCAACUACUUGCUCUGGUUCUUACGGUGGCAUCAACUGCUGUGAUAAGCAGGAAUACAUCAGAGAUAACCUGCCAUUUAAUCACGCAAAACAGUAAAGCUGCAAGAGAAUCAGAUGUAUCAUCUUUCCAAAAGAUAUCAAAAAAAAUGUACUAUUUCCAGUGUUCCCUGAAUUCUCAAGGCAUUGGGAAUGUCUACGAAGCAGCAAAAAAUGUGGAAGUUGAUGUGCUUGAAAGCACUGAAAUCAAAGCAGUUAUCAAUAUCACAGGCAGCAUCACCUGUCUUUGGAUUUUCAGAGAGACCCAGAUUGGCUGUAAUGUCUCUCUGAAUUCAGACAAUCGGCAUGUUCUUUCUAUUGUGUUUCCAAAGAUCAGAGAGACACAAGCUGGAAAUCAUUUACUGUCAAUACAAACUGAAACCAAUAACUACACAGUCAUAUUUACAUUUCUUGUGAGACGAAACCCAAGGAAACCCUAUUUCAUAAAAAAUGAAAAUACCUUCACUAUUGGUUGCGCAUCAGAAGGAUACCCCAAACCAUUUGUAAAAUGGCUUUCUUGUAAUGGCCCUGAUGAAAGCUGUGGAACAUCCAGUUUCUCCCCAAAUAAAGGUCGUGAAAUAGAGAAGGAACAAGUUAACCUAAGAGAAGACGAACUGCUAUUUGAUGCACAUGUGUGGUGCUGUGCAGCUAAUGAGCUCGGUCGAAAGUGCACUGAACUCUACACAAUAGAUCUAGAAGUGCCAUCAAAAAAUGCUGUACAAGAAUUAUUUCUUAAAGUUGGAGAUCCACUGCUCUUACGGUGUCGAGCCAAGUAUUCCAAUUCUAACUUUGCAAUUAAGUGGUUUUUUGAAAACAAGCAAAUAAAUCAGAAAAUUGAAGGCAGACUGAAUAAGAACUCAUAUUGGAUUAAGACUUCCUAUGCAUUUGUGUCAUCAGUGGAACAUUCUAAUGGUGGAUGGUAUAGCUGCUAUUCUGGAAAACUUGCUAAGAAUCAAAGCAUUUUUGUUACAGUUUUAGAUGAAGGAUUCAUCAAUAUCACUGAUUUCACGGAAAAGUUGGAAGUUGGCAUAAAGGAAACAACUUGCCUUGAAGUAAAACUGAAAGCCUACCCACCAAUCACGUGUAUUUGGACAUUUUCCCAAAUAUCAUUUCCUUGUCAGCAAAAUUACACUGAUGAUUACAGCAUCUCUGCAACAUUCUGUGACCAUAAAUACCAACCAGGUGAAUAUGAGUUCUAUGCAGAAAAUAGUGAUGCCUUCGUAAGGAGAAAAUUAAAACUCUAUGUUAAAAGAAAACCAGAAGUAAUCAUGAUUUCAACACCAAAUGCAGAAGACAGCAUUUCUUGCAUCUCUGAGAGCAAUCCUGCACCAUCCUGGGUCUGGAGGGAGUGUCCUAUAGAGGAUACAAAUUGUACAGAAAUCACGAAGGGAAUUACAAAUGAUUUACGUGAAGGAAAGACCUUUGGUUCCUGGAGCACAACGAGCACUUUACGCAUGAGUGAAGUACAAAAUGGCUUUCGCCUUGAGUGUUGUGCAAACAAUUCAUUUGGCCAGUCCUGUCAAACAAACACUGCUCGCCUUAAAGUAUUUGCUCCACCGGAUAAUAUGGCAUUAUAUGGAGUUAUUGGAUUCUGCUUACCACUGAUCAUGGCACUGUGCUUAUUAAUUUGCCAAAAAUACAGAAAGCAAGUUAGGUAUGAAAGCCAGCUACAAAUGAUUCAGAUGGUUGGUCCUUCCGAUAAUGAAUAUAUCUAUGUUGAUUUCAACGAGGUUGAAUAUGAUCUGAAGUGGGAGUUCCCCAGAGAAAACCUGGAAUUUGGGCAAGUACUUGGAUCUGGUGCCUUUGGGAAAGUAGUGAAUGCUGUUGCAUAUGGGAUCAGUGAAACAGAAGUGUCAGUCCAGGUUGCUGUCAAAAUGCUCAAAGAAAAACAUAGUUCCUCUGAGAAGGAUGCUCUCAUGUCCGAACUCAAAAUGAUGAUCCAUAUUGGGAAACAUGAAAAUAUUGUGAAUCUCUUUGGAGCUUGCACCAUGUCAGGACCAAUUUAUUUGAUUUUUGAAUACUGUUGCUAUGGAGAUCUCUUGAACUACCUACGAAGCAAAAGGGAUAGGUUUCACAAGACAUGGACUGAUAUCUUCAGAGAACCUAACUUCAGUUUUUACCAGAGUUUUCCAGGUCAAACAAAUUCCAGAAAUAAAAAUCCAAUAACAAAUGGGUCAUACAUACCAGCAGAUGGCUUUGGAAACACUGAUAUAAAACUAAGCUUGGAUUUCACCUCUAAAACGGCUACAGUUGCUCUCCUUUCGGAGGAAGAAGAAAUGAAAUACGUGAACAGGAGACCGGAUGAUGAAGAGGAUCUUAAUGUCCUGACUUUUGAAGACCUUCUGUGCUUCUCUUAUCAAGUUGCCAAAGGAAUGGAGUUCCUAGAGUCAAAAUCAUGUGUUCACAGGGACCUUGCAGCCAGAAAUGUAUUGGUCACACUUGGAAAAGUGGCAAAAAUCUGUGACUUUGGUCUUGCCAGGGAUAUUGUGAAUGACUCCAACUAUGUUGUCAGAGGGAAUGCACGCUUACCUGUCAAAUGGAUGUCACCUGAAAGCUUAUUUGAAGGAAUAUACACAAUCAAGAGCGACGUUUGGUCUUAUGGAAUCUUACUGUGGGAAAUUUUUUCUCUUGGUGUUAAUCCAUACCCUGGAAUGCAAGUAGAUGCAAAUUUCUACAAGCUGAUUCGAAGUGGCUUUAAAAUGGAAUGUCCAUUUUAUGCUACAGAAGAAAUAUAUUUAGUCCUCUGUUCCUGCUGGGCCCUGGACUCCCGAAAAAGGCCAUCCUUUUCACAGCUGCUUUCCCUUCUGGCAUGCCAGCUGGCGGAGGCAGAAGGAGCGACACGCAAUAGCAGGAAGAGCAAAGAUUCUGAACAGACUCCAAGUUCCAAUCAAAGUUCAAGGGAAGUGAAACCAUUUCAGUUCUCCAUUCCAACUCUGGAUGACGAUGCUGCACAAGAAAAAUAAAGGAAUUGUACUGUUUCAUAGAAAAUAAGUCAUGUAUUCAAAAGACUUCCACCUCUGCAGAAGAAGCUAGAUUUGCUGCUAUAACAAAUUGAAUUUUUCAUGCUCAGUUCCAAACAGCCUUUGAACGGAAGAGGAAAUUCACCAUCUUCCUUUUCAGGUUCUGUAGUAAGUCAAAAGAGGCAGAGUUUUUACAUGCAUUACUUUGAACCAGUGGUUUGCUAGCAUGUGUACAAUCUCCAUGCAUUAGUUGUAAGAAACUAAGCUCUUCUAUUUGAAGCUAGUUAACUGAAGCCACACACUCCAUUUUUUUGUGCCUACAUUGCUAACAGUUUAAAAUAUUGCUAGCACAAAAAUCCCAAUAUGAACAUACAAUGACACAAUCUUAACAUGUGUUGGGCUCAUAAUUUAGAAAUGCUUAGACUGGAGCAUCCUUAACCCUUGAGCCAACUUUGCAUGAUUGACAACAGCAUUACUGUAAAACAGGCAUUGGGGUAGAUCUUUAAGGAAAUUGUGGUGCUUAGUAGAUGUUUUACAGAACCAAAUCCAUCCCAAACAUUGUUUUUAUGCUAUUUCAUAGCAAUACAGAAGGAAGAGAAGAUAGUUAUCACAAACAAAUAUAGUAAUCCCCUGGAAAUAAACAUUGUAUUCUGUAUUUUGCUACGGUACUAGACAAAACCCAGCUCUCUAAAUCAUUCCUCAUAAAACUUGGUUUCCAGACCUUUGAUCAUAUUAGUCACAAAGAGAAUAACUUAUCUCAAUCAUCUUGGUCACUAAGAGAAUAACGUCUGUUAAAGACCAAGAAGAUCAAAAGUAUGGAAACAAAGACUUAUGAGGAACAACUUCAGGAAUUGGGUGUGCUGUAUUGGCCAGAUAAUGGGAGAUCCCAUUAUCUCAGACACAGGGAACUGGAAAUGCUUAGCUUGGAGAAGAGAAGACUGAUAAGGCCACUUUUAAAGAGAAUAGCUUAUGUUAGAGACAAAGAUGAUCAAAGGUCUGGAAACCAAGUCUUAUGAGGAAUAACUCAGAGAGCUGGGUACAUUUAGCUUGGAGAAGACCAGGAGUGGACAUUACAGCUAACUUCUAUCUUAGAAAACAACAUGGAGGAGCAUGUUCCCCAGUUGAGUCAGCCAAUCAUAACUCUUUAGAAUGUGGGUUGCUGUGAGUUUUCUGAGCUGUAUGGCCAUGUUCCAGAAGCAUUAUCUCCUGACGUUUCACCCACAUCUAUAGCAGGUAUCAUCAGAGGUUGAGGGUCUUUUGGAAACUUGGCAAGUGAGAUUUCUAUAUCUGUGGAAUAUCCAAGGUGGGAGAAAGAACUCUUGUCUGCUUGAGGCAAGAGUGAAUGUUGCAAUUGAUCAUCUUGAUUAGCAUUGAAUGGCCCUGCAGCUUCAAAGCCUGGCUGAUUGCUGCCCAGGGGAAUCCUUUGUUAGGAGGUGUUAGCUGGCCCUGAUUGAUUCAUGUCUGGUUUUUGCCUGUUUUUUAGUGUUGUUCUUUAUUUACUGUCUUGAUUUUAGAGUUAUUAAAUAGUGGUAUCUGUUGUCCACUUUUUAGACUAAAGCCUGUUAGUUCUCUUUAGCAUUAAAAAUAUAGGACUUCCGGUAACCUUUCAGUAUCCACACAUUUCCUGAUUGUCCAAAAAGUAUUUCAUCAAUAUUAUUUGAUAUUAUAUUCAUAUUGAUAUCUGAUUUUGCUAUUACUGCUCAUUGGCAUGCCUACUAUUUGAUCUUUAAACUCAGUAUUAGGUGAUCUGCAACUUUUGUAUUUAUUUCAAGAUUUUUUUAAAUAUUUGAUAGUUAAUGUAUGAUAAUAUU